AUGAGGUUUGCUCUCUUGGUGGCUAACGAAAAUUUUGAGGCGCCAGGAACCGAGCAGAACCAAGAAGAGGAUGAGGAUGAGGAAGGGCAACUGCCACUGCUCUCCACUGACAAGUCUGGCCGUGCAGAUGACAUAAGCUCUCAGCUGUACCGACCUAAUGUCCACUCCUUUUCACCAGCUGUGGGAUCAGGAAGUGGCACUGAGUUCAAUCUUCAAGGCAAUGACAUAAUCACAGCAGUGAGAUGUUGGGAGCAGUACAGUAGCUACAUCUCUGGGUUUCAAUUGCGCUUUGGCUACAUCUGGACUCCAAUUGUUGGCUACGCAUACGGAUCUUCACAUGAGAUUGAACUGUUUGACGGAGAAAACAUCAUUCAGAUUUCUGGGACGCACGCCCAUUACAUCCAGUCAUUAAUAUUUGUCACUUCCAAGCAUCGUCUCUUAAUUGUUGGCAGGUCUGCUGGUCAUUCCUUCAAUAUAUAUCCCAAAUAUAUGGAUAGCUAUUUGGUCUUCCUUAGUGGCAGGGUUCAUGGAGCGCUCACUGGGCUCAUGGCCCACUGGGGUACUUUUUCACCAAACAGUACUGAUGCCUGAGUAUAAAUGUUGCUAUUUAAAAAAAAAAGAAAAAAGAACAGCUGUCCCAAGCUCAUUCCCACUUAAUGACACCUAUGUAUUUGUUCUCUUUUCUAGCACAUUUUAUUCACUAUGAAAUAUUUCACAGACUUAGUCAUGUUAAUUCAAUCAUGCGACUUGUUAAGAUCAGGCCUCUUACAUCACUAUUGUACAUUUUGAAAAUGGGGAAACUGAACCCUUUCCUGUUACUUUGAGGGUUGACAGAGACAUGUUUUUUUUUUGUUUUUUUUUUUUUUUAAUUUGUCCUUAAACGAGCCUGAACAAGCUUUUGAUUUUAAACUACUCAGACUGCAAAAACUGAAAGACCUUUAAGCAUUUUCUUUAUUUUAUUUCUUUUUAUUUGUGAUUUACUGAGACUGUUUCAAUCAUGGAAUGUAAAAAAACAACAAAAAGAAAAUAGCACUGAGAAAACACAACUGUAUAAAAAAAU